AUGUCAGUUGGAGCGCGUGAUUUAUCAAGUGGCGAAUUGUCGUCCUGUAGCUCCGAUGACGAGGGCGAACGUCGUUUACCACCAGCAAAAAUACCUCGUAUGCUCAUCUGCAAGAAUUCUAUGAGUGGGGUUGAUUCAAAGAAGCAGAAGAAGAAUUCUAAUUGCGUUUGGCAGUCAGUGUUGCAGGAAAACGCAAUCGAGUCGGCUUUCAAAAGCACCGAGUUCACAUCUAAAAACCUGGUAUCUGUAGAGCGUGGCGCGGAGACGUACUCAUUCGAGGUUACGGAGGCAGAUGAGGCAGCUGAAGAUGGCGUCAAAUUGGGCAACCGGAAGCGUCCACUGAAGGAGAGGCUUCCUCCA